AUGCAAUCAGCGCAUGGCAUCCCAAGCGAUUGCUUCCGGCCGGGUGUGAACUUCACAUGGGAGCUCUGCUGCCUGGGAUGGCAUGGUGUCGGUGAUGCAAGCUGCUGGGAUUCCAACGGCUACAACUACGAGCGCUGUUGCUUGGGCGCCAGCUUCCGGGAUGCUUGCGGCUGCGAGCCUGGCUUGUCCUGGGAUGCCAACCUCCGUCGUUGUGCGAACAGCAAGGUGAUCGAACCAACGGCACCAACUCUUUUGACGAGGUGUCGGAAGCUUCAUGCGAUUGUGGCUGCAGCUGUGCGAAAGCCAGUGGCCUUCUCUUCAGAGCCUGCUUGGCCAGCGUUUCCACCGUCUCUGGCUUCAAACAUCAGAGGCAAAGAGCAGUUCUCGUCUUAUGACAUUCAAUGGUCACCUGAACACCCUUGGGCUUUCACCUACCGUGCUGCCUGCGCUCGCUCUGCAGAGUCACCUGCUGCCUUCUCGCGGUUCCGACGCAGCGACAUGGUGCUGAACCAAGCAUGGGAGCAUACCUCGAAGUCUUCCGGAGACCUGUAUCUUGCCCGUUUGUAUAGGCAAAGUUUCCCUAUCUACCGACACCUCCCGAGAUGGAGAGUUGCCGAUCUCCUUGGCAAUGCAGUGAUGGAAGACUUCCAGCGUCAUAUCGGCUUCAUGAGCCCAAGUACCAUGAGAUAUGUUGGCAUCCUCGGGGACAUUCUUUCGCACCUGGUGACCUCGCCCGCCUGGAAUGUCUCCGCGGGUCUCAUGGGAUGGAGAAUUGCAGAGAUUGGAGGGGGCUAUGGCGGUCAAGCCUUGGCAAUGCAUCUGCUGUCAGCGCAGCUGGAGUCAUACACCAUCUUCGAUCUCCCGGAAGCUGGUAUGCUGCAGUACCGCUUCCUGUCACAUUUCCCUGAGUUUCUCCAUAAGACACGCUUCGCGAAUUCAACAGGUUCCCAUGAAGGACACCGCUACGAUCUGUGCAUUUCUUGUUUCGCCUUGUCAGAGCUCAGCGAAGCACAGCAGCGACCUUACGCUGAAGAUGUCUUGAGAUACUGCCGCUUCGGAUACAUCCUCGACAAUUCCGUCGAUUUCCGAAAGACCACUGCGUACAGCGGCGAUGGCCUGGUUUCCUGGUUGUCAGAGCUGGGGCGUCCAGUUCGACGUGAAGACGUGGUGUGGACGUCCGUGCCUCUUGGGAAGGCAAAGAACUUCCAAUGGAGCCUGAUGCCUUGUCUGCCGCGAAGCGACCGCAACGACCGGCUGGAUUUCCAGGAGGCAGAGGAGAGGCAUCGAAUCCGUGCUGGUUUCGACCGAAUACUGGAAAUCUUGGAUCGAGCAGAGCACAGCACAGCGAGGCGGAGAGCCCGCACUUUGCCGCCCCAG